GCCGCCGGGCACUCCAGCCAUGCUGCGUUGGGGCUGGGCCGGGUGGGCUCUGCCGGCGGCUGCUGGUACCCUGCUCCCCCAGCUCCUACUCCUUCGUCUGGGGUCCCCUCGGCUGCCCUUCUCCACCAGCUGCCCCAGGGCGUCGAAGAACAGGCGGCUGAGGCAGAAAAGGGUCAUUUCGGAGAGGAAACUGACACGCUAUUUUGUGGAUCACCGGAAAGUGCGUGUGGUUGGAGGACGAGGAGGAGAAGGAGGUCAUUCUUUUUAUAGUGAACCCAGAAAAAUAUAUGGAGGUCCUGAUGGUGGAAAUGGAGGUGACGGGGGUCAUGUCAUUUUGAAAGCUGACCGGCAAAUGAAAUCACUUUCUCCAGUCCUCCCCUUCUAUCAGGGUUCUCAUGGAGAGAGAGGAGGAAGAAAAAACUGUUAUGGAGCUAAUGGUGCCUGUGUGUAUGUUAAAGUCCCUGUAGGUACUUUAGUUAAGGAGGAUGGGAAAGUUGUGGCUGACCUCACUGAACAUGGUGAAGAGUAUGUGGCAGCUUAUGGAGGAGCUGGAGGGAAAGGUAAUCGCUUUUUCCUUUCCAAUGAAAACCGAGCUCCAACGUUAUUUACUCCAGGAGAGCCAGGUCAGGAAAAGGUCCUCCAUCUGGAACUUAAGACAACUGCUCAUGCGGGAUUGGUGGGCUUUCCCAAUGCUGGCAAAUCAUCGCUUUUGAGAGCAAUCUCCAGGGCAAAGCCGGCAGUGGCUGCCUACCCAUUCACAACCCUAAAUCCCCACGUUGGCAUUGUCCACUAUCAGGACUAUGAACAGAUAGCAGUUGCUGACAUUCCUGGCCUAAUAAAAGGUGCUCAUCAAAACAGGGGCCUCGGGAUGGCCUUCCUGAGACACAUUGAACGCUGCCGCUUCCUGUUGUACGUGGUGGAUCUAUCUGUGUCUCAGCCGUGGAUCCAGCUGCAAGACUUAAAAUAUGAACUGGAACAAUAUAAAAAAGGAUUGUCUGAGAGACCUUGUGUUGUCAUCGGGAAUAAGAUCGACCUCACUCAGUCCAGGAUCAAUCUGCCACUCCUUAAAGAACAGAUAGAUGAGCGGGUCAUUGCUUUGUCUGCGUUGACAGGUGACAACCUAGAGGAACUGUUUUCGCAUUUGAGAGAACUAUAUGACACUUAUGUGAAGACAGAACAGGCACAAGGGCAGAGCCCGGUCAAAUGGUAAGAACCAGAAGUGCUGUGGACUGUACUGGAAAGAGGAAAAAAAAUGUGAUUUGAUUAGAUUGCAGCUUUGUGAGUUUGUUCUAGGUUGUGUUUUCUUAAAUGCAAGGAGCACAGCGUGUGGCUUGGUGCUGGACUGCUGCAUUGGAAAGAUUCGUUUGUUUGUUAACCUUUGAUAUGUCUCAGGUGUUUUACAACAAAACUGGAGAAUUGAAGUCCUAAUCAGUGAUGAGUUGGAAACCUGGAUCUUGUUUGGCAUUAAGUAGUUAAUUAUGGAAUGAAGAGAACGCUGCGGAGUAGAAAUGACUGAAAUUCAGGAUGUUGGCUUGCUUUCUGAUUUGGAGUGAAGCGACUUCUCAAUUUUCACUUAUCAAAAAUUCAAAAAUAAAACCAAGGUGAUCCCAUGUUUAUCUGUUUUUACACCACAACCACUUUCAAUCAUCUUCUCUUAACUUUUCUCUGGUUUUGGCUUUUUCUCCUCAGAGGAGGCCCAGCUGUUCAGUGUUUUUAGGGAGAAGGAGCGUGAUACAGCUGCAAUCAAUGGUUGAAAUUAUUUCCUCGUUAGUAUAAAUAAUUAACUAUCUUUAAAUGCUGGCAGCAGCUAAGUAGCUGUAUAAACUAGACAGGGGAGAGGAACUUGAGACUUGCUUCUGAGUUAUCCCCUACUUUCCCUGAGGAAUCUCAGGCAAUGUUCUGAGAAAUCCAGGGCUUAGGUGUUUCAAAUAAAAACCAAAUACUGUUCUUUGCUCCUCUUUCUUUUAUUUUCUAUGUCAUUUUGUGAACAGUGUCCUUAAAUUUUGUUCUCUAGGAAUUCAGAAAUCUUCAUUUAGACCAGUAGGUCUUUGCCCUCUCCCCAUGCUUGAAAGAAGAGCUGCUUCUUUAUACUGUGGUUAUUCUGUGUGAAAGAUGAUUCUCUUAAUAGUGAAAAGUAAAGAUUGAUCAAAGCAUAUUGUUAAGCUUUUUCCUAACAGACUUGGGGAAUGCCGAGACAAUGCUGACUUCAGUAGUCACAAGAAACAAUUGUUCUUGAGCCUUUACUUACAUUUCUUGAUUUUUAAAGCUGAUUAAGUUUGCCUUCCAAACCAGCAGUCUAGAACUGCAGAGCUUGCAGACCUUUGUCACAUCAAUGAAAUACAAGUAAACUCAUUAGCACUCCUGUAAAAUAGAAGAUGCAAUGUUUGUAAACUUGGCUUUAUUAUUUUCAGGUAGUACAAAAGCUUUAAGGACGGUUUGGUGUGUUACAGAACGUGCACUUAUCACUUGCCUUUGGUUAAGCUUUUUUAGCUUACAAAUAAGGAUUUAAUUAUGUUUAUACCAAGACUGACUAUUUUCUGCUGUAUCAGGAGUAGUGGGGAUUACUCAAUCUGAAAAAAAAUAUCAGCUGUAGGCUCUGCUUCCUUCUGUACACUACAGAGAAGGUGAUAGUUCUCUCUGCUUCUAUCGCUUUGCUCACUUUGUUUAGUUUAAUCUCUAAUGCCACUGAAUGGUGCAUUUUUAAAAGGCUGCCUUUCUCAUACUCCAUAAAUGAUGGACUUUUUCCCUGUCUGCCUAUAGCUGGAAAGUGGCAGUCUUGUUCCAUCUGUAAAUUAAAGCUCUACUCACACCCUCCUGCAAUAUCAGUGUUGAUCAGCUCUGUGAUUAUUAUUAUGCGUUAGAACCAACUUGGCACGUAUGAGGAAGAAGGUGCCUGCCCUUUCUUAUUCUCAAGAACAGCAGGUUUUUGUUUUGAAUAAGUGCAAGGUCGACUCAAAUGCCUGAAUUAUUAAAUAAAAAUAUAGGCAAAUCAGGUAAUUGGUCCUCCUAAUUUCACAUUCUGAAUUCUUCUACCUGUCUUCAGGUAUGGAAAGUAAUCUAGGCAUUAUAGGCAGUGAUAUUGUUAUAAAUAUAGCGUGAAAAAAUUAAAUAUUAAAUCCCAAAGUGGCUCUCGUGUUUCGUUUCAUACUUGCUUCAUCCGUGGGAUUUACCAAACUGUGUAAGGUGGAAGCUAAUAUUCAGUUCUGUCCUUCUGGGUUUUUUUUGUGCAGCAUUUUUAGGCUUUGCUGUUGGUUUUCCUUCUAUUUCUACAUGGUUUUUAGCUGCAUUUAAUAAAACCAGGAGGGGAUUGCCUGAACACAAAAGCUAGUGCAGCUAUUUUGCUGAACGUUUGAUACCAACAAAUACUUUGCGCUCUCUCUGUCUGUAUUUUAUUACAGUAUUUGGCAGUCUUUGAGAAUGAUAGAGGCUGUUUCAAAAGCCUCUGCACUCAUAGGAGCUUUCACAUUUACCUCCUAGUGCUCAUGCAACCUCAGUUCUUGGAGUAGAGAGUAGUUUGUGUACUGAUGUGCAAAAAGCACAGCAGGUCUCUAGAUAGCUUAACAGAAUGUCCUAUUGAUCAUAUAAUUGGUUUCUUUGUUCUUAACACUUCAGCCACUUGUUCAGAGAUGACAGCACCAGGUUCCUAACCACAUGCUUGAAGGAUUCAAAGAGCCUGCACAGAAGCACCUACUCCUUCAUCUGUGGAUGAAAAGUGCUAAAUAGCUUUAGUGUUGGAACAUCUCUUUGUAGGAGCUUGAACUUACUGGAGUCAAUACACAUCUGUACCAAACAGACUAACCUCGUGCUAGAGGUCCCCGUGUUAGUGCCAAACCAAAGGAGCAGCUGUGCUGCGCAGCGCAGAGUUCAUAGCUUGAGUCGGAGUUCUCCACAGUGCUCCUUCAGUCUUGGCAUGAGGAUCCUCUUGCAUCCUGUCCUAAUUAUAAGGCACAGAACUGAGGAGUUGGUUCUGCUGCAAAUAAGGUAUUUACAAGAGAAACUUGUUUUACUUCUAGGGACAAAGAAGAAGAAAUAAUCAAAGAGGGAAUGACAUAUUGUUUCACAGAAGAAUGAUGUGCUACU